AUGCAAGCUGCAUCCAGCCGAUAUGAUAUGGACCGUUUUGGUAUGUUAUUUAGGCCAAGCCCAAGGCAAUCCGACUUAAUGAUAGUAGCAGGAACAUUAACUAAUAAGAUGGCCCCUGCCUUACGCCAAGUCUAUGAUCAAAUGACUGAACCAAAAUGGGUGCUCUCAAUGGGAAGCUGCGCUAAUGGGGGAGGAUAUUAUCAUUAUUCAUAUUCAGUAGUGCGUGGUUGCGAUCAAAUUGUUCCUGUGGAUGUGUAUGUACCUGGCUGUCCUCCUACAGCUGAAGCCUUAAUUUAUGGUUUAAUACAAUUACAAAACAAAAUUAGAAGAACCACGAGAUUUAGUAAUAUGACAGUUAAUAUUUAA